CGGGAAUGUCUUGGAAGCGCUUGUGUGUGGAGCGGAGCCCAGCCAGCGGCUUUUCAUCCAGCGGCAUUGGCAGCCGCUGCUCCUUGCGCUGAGUAAGAGGUAGAAGGAGGAUGCAAUGGAUUACUGGGAUCUGCUUUUAGAUGAAGGCUGAAGACUGGAAGAUUGUAAGCAAAAGGUGAAGAGCAAGCAGUGGCAGAAGUAGGACCUGACGAUCACAUGGGUUCCCCAUGCUUGAGAAGAUCCCUUUUGAAAGGAUCCAGAAGACAUAGUGAGAAAACAGAAAUAUUAACCUUGCUUUUGAUAAUAUUAAGAAGCAAAACAGAGGUCAGAACUCAGUAGGCUUGCAGAACUGGUCAAGGAAGUAGCCAGAAAAAUCAAAGUCCUGAUUGUUUGUAAUGGAUUGCAUUAUGUAUUAGAGGUCUCAUACCUUUUGGUUUACUGGUGUAGUUACCAUGUGAUACUUGUGUUUAGGAAAAGUACAUCAUGUGUAAGUAAGAGAAGAAAUAGCAGUAGCUGGACAGACCAGUGAGAUUUGGGUGAGCCUGUUCAUGAGUGCUUGGAGAUGGAUGCAAAACAAAAAGUUGAUUUUCAAACGUGAUUUAUUUCGAAACAAAAGAUCUAUUAAAGGACAGUAAGGCUAAUACUUACCAAUAAAUGUAUCAAAUGCAAAAGUUAGAAUAAAUCUAUCAAAUCCAUGAAUAAGAAGAAGUUUAUAAAAGUGAUCAACACUCAGAAGACCAGUACCUACAGGAUCCCUAAUUAAGGUGAUCUUGAAUCAAACCAGAUUUUACUGGAAACCUCAAUAUUACAAAUAUCACUUCAUGCUACAUUAACUAGACUAGGGUAAUUUGUAAAAUUGUUCAACCAAGGGCGGGCACAUGCACUAGAAUGGUGAAUUAAGCAAAAGGAUGGAGCAAAGGAAGAACUGCUCAUUUUCCUUUUGCUUCCUUUCUCUGCAUGAAUACUGCAGAUAAUUUUUGUAUUCUCCCAUUGCUAGCUUAUCCAGCUCACUUUGCAGGACUUGCUUGACAGGAGGAAAACAGUGCUAAAUUCAUUUGGCCACUGUAAUUUUUUUUACCAGUUUUCUAUUCUUGUUGAUUUGCAAAGUCUCAGUUGACUGAGUUAUGAGUUGUUUGUCCAACAGCGCCUUUGUUCUGGUCUGUGCUUCAGCAAAAACUGGAAAAACCUGUUCACUUUCUCCUUCUUUUUUUUUUUUAAUCUUCCUCUCCCAUUGGUAGCUGCAGCUUGUACUCAUGCAGGCAAGGUGGUGCCUACCUUUCAUGUGGAAGGCUGUCUUACAAAAACUGAGGUUGCGUUUUCCAGAGCUUUUCUAACCUCAUGAAGUCGUUGGUGGAUGCUCCGGGAUUUAAACUCCAUUUGUUCUCCACAGACUCUAUUUAGGUAAUUAUUUUAUUUUUCUUCAAGUAAAGUGUUUGAUCGUGUCUCCAGUCAAGCCUUUUAAAUAAUAAUUUGUACAAUCUGGGAGAUCUGCAGAAACCAGUCUUGUAAAAUGUAGCUUUUUGGACACAGAAGAUUGUCUGUUUUACAGCAGUCGCAUAUGGUGUGAUGUUAGCUUCUGUAAGACAGAACAAACACUGAGGAAGCUAGCUAGUGCAAAAAGUGGACAAGUUGAGAAGAAACUUUUCUUUCCAUCUCCUUAGUUUUCUUCUUGCUUGGUGCUGCUGUUGGAACAAGAAUGGGUCAACUAUGUGGACGAUGCAUGCAGCUGCUGCGGGACUUCGUAGCCUUUGUUCAGAGGAUGUCCUCUGGUUUGGUGCACAGUGUCAAGGAAUGCUUGAUUCUGAUAAGCAAAUGCUCCUGCUUAAAACAAAACAGCUCUAAAACCAGACAGCUGUACAAGCCCAUCCUACAGCCCCAUGAGAGGGUGACAGCACAGGAGUUUCUGCAGCACAUUGAAACCGGUUUUGAAAUGUCACCCCUUGGAAAGGACUCCCUGGAGGCCUUGAGGACCUUAGCCUUUUCAGAAAACCCAGGUUUACAGCAGUCAGCUGCCCUCUAUUACCUGCAUAUGAGUCAGCACAUGAACAUCCCCCUGCCUGUGGAGCAUCUGGAACCCUUCUAUGCCUUACUACGAUCUGCUGACCUGGAGGUGCAGCAGAUGUCUUCCUUGUCCCUUGUCAACUUCUUGCUGGAAGGACACAAGUCCAACCGAGAGGCUAUUGGUGCUGCUCGAGGAGUUACACCCCUACUGUCUCUUGCCAAGUCCUAUGAUCCCAGAGUCCAACAAAAUGCAGUUGGUGCUAUUCUCAACCUCACACAAUCAGAGAAAAUCCAACAGGUCCUUUGCAAGGAAGGAGCCCUACCACUUCUUGCCUUGCUGCUGGAAUCUCCUGACUCAGAAGUGCAGUAUUACAGCUGUGCUGCCCUAAGCAACGUGGCAGCCAACGUUCAGCACCACAAAGCCUUGUUGAGACCCAGUGACAGAUUCCUGCUACGGACACUCAUCUCUCUCCUAUCCUCUUCUGUGGACAAGGUUUCAAGCCAGGCAUGUGUUUGCCUAAGAAAUUUGGCUAUCAGUGCGGACAUCCAGGCCGAGAUGGUUGCUGAGAAUGUCCUGUCCAAGCUGUGCUCUCUCCUGGCAUCUGGCAGCGAGGACGUGCGUCGUGCCUCCAUCGCUCUGCUCUGGAUACUGUCCCAGCACCUGCACAACCAGGACACUCUGGCAUGUGCUGAGCUACUGCAGAGCCUGGGGAUGUUACUGCUGGUGCAUAAAACAGACCCUGUGAUUGUUGGACAUACUGCUUGUAUCAUCAAAAACCUGAGCCUUUCCAAAAACAGACAGAGAAUCAUGGAGAGCCGGUGUAUUGAAGGUCUCCUCCAGACCAUGCUUUCUAUCGACACUCAAGAGGACUCCCUUCGUUACGUGACAUCUUGCCUGGCUGAACUUGCAAAGCAAGAAGGAGCCACACUACACAUGGUCCAAUGGAUGGAUGAACAUUUGACAAAGUGCUUGGUGAGACUGGCUGGCCAACUGGAACACACUGAGUCAUCCUUUCAAGCUGCCUCCAUCAUCCAGCACAUGAUAGGUCACGAAAAAAUGAUGCUUUUAUGGAAGCAUCACAUCGGAGAGAUUCAAGCAUACCUCAAGAAUUUUCUUACCCACCGAGAGAUCCGGUUUCAGCAGCUGGGCAUCUCCACAUUCUGCAGACUACAGAAAGAUCCAGAAUUUUCAUUAGCAUUCAGAAAAAGCCAAAUGGCCAAACUCCUUGAGCAAGUCCGUCAACAAACAGAAGAAACUCAAGAGCUCCUUAAGGCAGCUAUUUGCCAUGAAGACAGUUAAGCCAAAUGGCUUAUGAAAACUUAUCACAUCCAAGAGUCUGAACUUUCAGGGAAAACAACUCUUUUCAUUGAUUCCUGUAGUUAAAAGUUUUCCUGCUACUUGCAGUUUCAUCAUACAGAAGAGAGGUUCUGAUAACAAGAACUGGAGUACGUCAAAAACCAAUUCCUUGAACAUUUUGGUUGGCUGCUUAAGUGUGCUUGAGGACAAGACUAUGGUCCUUUCCAAAUGGGGUGUGAAAAACACCUGUUAUGCUUGGUUAAACAUCCAUGGUUUGUUUUUGGUUUCCUCACCACCACCCCCCUUCAAAAAAAAAGCACUGUAUUCAUGAGGUUUUCUUCAUAUAACAGGCCAAUGCCACUGAAGAGGCAUCUCAAGUAUGCGGGUUACUCUGCAUUCAUCUUUAUUUUGUUUCUGUUCCAUGCCCCUUAUUUCAGAGCACACUACAGGGUCUUUGAAAAAUAACUGAAUUAACCCACAGUAUAAAAGUAGAAAACUACUAACAGGUUACUACAGAAAGUAAGUGAUGAGGGACAGUUCAGAAAUCGCAAGAAAUUUGUAAGAGGCAAGAAUGGGGCAAGCCUUCCGGCUGAUCCUUGUCCACAUUAUAGACAUUACUCUCCAGCAGAGGAGCAAAGGCACAUUUAAGGCAAGUAAAAUGUUGCACAGAGCAUGUAUACAAUAAAGUAGCAACUAUGAAUUAUUUGGGUGACAUGUGUUUGAAUACAGAAAUCUGUGUUCUGCAAAUGUUAAAUUAUUUCAAAGGUACUUGCAACAGGGAAAAAGUAAAAAUAUUUGGUAAAAUUAGGAAUUGUUCUUGUACUUGGAUGCUGAUACUUCAUUUUAAAAGGAGUUAAAGAACAAAAAACCUAGUAAUAUGUUUAAAUUCAACUAAUUUUCUUACAUGUAUAGAGAAUAUGGGACAACCUCCCCUUCCUUCUCCUCCAGAGAAGAGGCUCUCUCACAAACUUCUUAGCCAAUCAAAACAGUAUUUUUCAGGAAAAAAAAUGUAGCACAGAGCUUUGAAAUUAUGGGGCACUGUUUUUUUAAUAUAGGUUUUAAUUUGUGAGAGAAUAGUAAUCUAAUAAUCAUAAAAAUAAUAACAACAAAAAUAAUAAUCUAUUAGUAAUCCAAUUCCAUCUUUGAUCAAUACACUAGUUUUUGAAUACAAAAAUCCUCCUGAAGCUUCACGUUGAACUAGCUGGAAUACUGAAAUUCUGGAACCACUCUUAUAGCAAGCAUCUGCUGCUAGAUAGCAGUUUCUUGUGAAAACACUUCAGAAGUUUCCUGACCGUCGUGGUGUAACCCCAGCUGGCAGCUCAGCCCCACGCAGCCACUUGUUCACUCCCCCUAAAAGUGAGAAGACUUGUGGGUUGACAUAAAGACAGUUCGACAGGGAAAGCAAAAGCCAUGCACACAAGCAAAGCUCUGCUUGUGUGUCCACUUCCCAUGGGCCAGGCAGGUGUUCAGCCAUCUCCAGGAAAGCUGAGCUCCCUCAUCUGUAAUGGUCACUUGGGAAGACACACACCAUAACUCCGAAUACCUUCCCUUUCCUCCUCCUUCCCCUACCUUUAUAUGCUCAGCAUGACAAUGUAUGGUUUGGAAUGUCCCUUUGGUCAGCUGGGGUCAGCUGACCCAGCUGUGCCCGCUCCCAACUUUUUGUGCACCCUAAGCCUCCUUGCUGGUGGGGUGGUGUGAGAGGCUGACUCUGUGCAAGUGCUGCUCAGCAGUAACUAAAACACAUUGUUAUCAACACUAUGUUCAGCACAAAUCCAAAACACAGCCCCCCUC